UUGGUGAAUCAAAGUGUUAUUCAUUCAACAUGGCAGCGUAUCCUGACUCAAGAAGUAAUUAUCCUUUCUUGCCCUGACUCCAGUGGUCUUCAUCUGUGUGAGUUUUUGGCCAUUGACAAGUACAGCGUAACGAAGAAGCUUCAGGGUAAUAAUUCUUUCUAUCAUUUUAGCCUAGCGGUAAGAAAACAAUAAUUCUUCCAGGAGUUAAUAAGAUGCACUGAAUGUUUUUUAUUUUAAAAUACUCAACGAUACUAAAAACCAAAACAUCUAAUAAAAUAUAUUUAUAACGAUUCUACUUACUCUGUUGGGUUUUCUUCUACGAGAAAGCAAGUUACGUAAGAAUUAGCGACAAAAGUGAAUUUCAAAAUUAAUUAAAAACUUUUUUGUUUUGCUGUUUUGUUCAAUCAAAUUUCACAAAGUCUCCAUGCGACAGCGCUCCGUGCAAGAACCGUACUGUCUAUGUUCCUGAGUACCAGUGGGACUCCUACCACUCUGAGUGUCACCCUGAAUUUUGUGGCAUCAACUGUGAUCGCAAAGGUAGCAGGAAUUGUGUAAAGUUUUCUAAUUUUUUUUGAGCUCUGGCUAGUGUAAAAGUAAGUCUUGGUCGACAGUUGCAUUUUGAUAAAAUAACAAAAAAAGCACACUGUAAGGCUUGUGGGGUACAUGCCGUCUUGAGGAUGCCUUACGUAUCCUAACGAUAAGUUAUCGGACAGGCUGCUGACGCUUGUAACAUUUUCGAGGAGGAUCUCAAAGAGAAGACUUCAGGAUGUGAAAGCUGUUAGCGAAAAACGUUAACCUAUGUUUUGCCAUACACAGUCAAAAAUGAAAUGCUAAAAGGGAAUAAUAUGAAGUGUUAAACAUUAAUCGAAGUAAGGCUCGACAAAAAAUGAGGCUCAUUUCUAUUGAACAGAUUUGCAGCGCAGAAUUUAUUAUUUCUGAAAUCUUCGUGGGAUGUUACGAAAUCGUGAUUGAUUUAACACCCCUUCAUUUCCCUUCCAUCCCUUUUCCUUCUCUAACUUCACUCACUCCUUUUCUAUAAAUUACUGGACAGUUCUGACAAUUGAACGUGGGAAUUAUCCACAUUAUGGGAAGUGGUUUUUGUAAUUAAGAAUCAACCAAUUUCCCUGUAAUCUUUUAGUUUGAAAGAUCAAUACAAUCACAAUUUGUGCCUUUUUGCUUCGAUAAUGAAAUUACGUUCUUUAUCAACUCCAAGAAGUUGCUACCGCAACGCCACUUACUCUCAAAAGCACUCAGUACAUGUUGCUUAAAAACGAGUUUGAUGAACCUAUUUUCACUGCCAAAUUGCAACCAGCAUACUAAGUUUUCUCCUUAUGUCUAAAAAAAACAUGCAUGCAGCAAAGGUUUCUAUAUUAGCCAUGCAUUCAGAUUUUUCAAUUGUUGCUGUUGUUGUUGUUUUUUUUGGUAAGUUUUUUCCAAAUAAGAAACCUCUGUAUAGAAUACCAAACACUAUGCGACAAAUGUUUUUCAGCCUCCUAAUUUCUUUCCUUUAAUAAGAAGAGUACCCGAUUCUAAGCACCAGUUUCUUUUUGACUCCUUGGGUCGUCAGGAAAGCCGCUAAUAAAUGUUCGGAGACGAUUGUGCGAAAGACUUGGGAGGUCCAAGAAUUCAUUGGUCAGCAUACACGAGCAAAACUGCUUGACAACAGCUUGACUGUCAGCUGGGGCCAUAUCAACUUUGAAGAUCUCACUGGAGACAUUAGCUGUGGAACGGACUUGUAA